UCGCUUCUCUUCCCGCCCCUUGCAGCACGCCCAGAGCUGCCGCCUCGGCGGCCGCCAGUCCCCCGCAGGAGGAAGCCGGGCCGGGGCCGCGCCGGAUGGGGCGGAGGCUUCCGCGGGCGGGAGAGCGGGCGGCGGCCGAGGGAAAUGGGGGAGGCGCGGCGGGCGGCGGCGGGAGCGGCGGCGGUCGUGAUCGGGGCGGGCGUCUGCUACUGCCUGUGGCGGCGGGGCCAGCGGGCUGCAACCGGGGCCGCCCGGGGCCCGCCCGCAGAAAACAGUCUUCCAGCGUCAACCCAUACUAUGGAUGCGGAUGCUCUGCAGAAACUUAUUCAUUUGCUCCAGGUCACAGAUGAUUCAUUAAUUCAAGAGCAAGCUUUAAUCACUCUCAGCAACAGUGCUGCCUUCUCUGUAAAUCAAGAUAUAAUCCGAAAUUUGGAUGGCCUUUCUGUUAUUGGAGAGAUGCUCUCAGAUUGCGUUCCCAAAGUUAAAGAAAAAGCACUAAAUGCGCUUAAUAAUUUGAGCAUGAAUGUUAAAAAUCAGGAAGAGAUACAGGUAUAUAUUGCACAAGUUUGUAGAGAUGUUGAGUCAGCUCCCCUGAAUUCUGAUCUGCAGCUAGCUGGACUCAGAUUGUUGACAAAUAUGUCUGUUACCAGUGACUACCACCAUAAGAUGAUAAACUCAAUUCCAUGCUUUCUUCAUUUGCUUUCAGAAGGAACUGAAAGGACACAGAUUCAAGUUUUGAAAGUGCUUGUGAACUUAUCUGCAAACCCAGCCAUGACAAGACAUCUCCUCAGAGCUGAAGUGCCAUCAUUGCUGUUACUUUUUGACAACUGCAUAAGCAGAGACAUUCUGCUUAGAGCCCUGGUGUUUGCAGCAAACCUGAAGAAGAACAUUAACAAUGAAGAUGGCACCAUGAUGCAGGACCAAUACAGUGCAGAUUCAGUUUUCUUUACACUCUGCAGGGACUCUACCCCAUUUGCUCAGAAACUGGCAUGUUUGUUGCAUCAUCCUGAUCCAGAAGUGAAAGAACAAGUUGUGAGAAUAUUAACACAAUAGUGGUUUUUUUUUUAAAAAAAACAGACUGACCUGAUGAAAAUACCUAAUCUUAGAAAUGCUAUGCUAAAAAAACCCAACCAACAAACAAACAAUAAAACAACCAACAAAAUACUGAACACUACCAUAUUACUAGGCACAAAUCAGUUACUACAAAAGAAAAUGGAAUGUAUUUAAUAGAGUAUAACAGACACUUUUUCUGAGCAAAAUAAAAGCAGUAGUUUAAAUUAGUGCUGAGAAACCACUGUACAGCUGGUACAUGUACACAAAAGGGGAGGAAUAGUUUAAAACAUGAAAACUUUCAUAUGUACAGUGAACAUUUUCCAUGGCUAAGUGAAUCAAAAUACUCUGCUCAGUGUCAUAAAUGAUUCUUGUCUUAAAUAUUUACAGCCGUUGAAUAAAUACCUCUAUAGAAUGAUGCAUUAAAGAUUUAGCAAUUAGAGAUUAGACAUUUAUGUUUUGUUAAUCUGGUACCUACUAAAUGGGUCCAGGUGAAUCUUAGAAAAUAUUAAAUUAAAAAAAUACCAAAUUAUCACUGGCUAACUGCAAAAAUAGUAUUUUCAAUUAAAACUGCAUAUUAAAGUUACCCAGCCUAUGUUUUUUCUCCUCCACAAAAUAUAUUCUAAGACUACAUUCUUAUAGGCUUAGUAUAUCUGUUCCAUUUAGCUGAACUGCAGUGCAGUUAACCACAGCUGUGUUUUUUCUACUUUCUACUCUUGAAAAAAAUCAAAAGGACUUUGUCUUGCUUUAAAAUUGUCACUUCAAGGAAAGCAUACCUAUUUUUCAAAAUAUUACGAGUCAAAGAUUAUCUGCAACUGCAAUUCAACGUUCUUAUCUCUAUAAAAAAAGUCUAAAAGAGCAGUAUCAUACGCAUUUUUUCAAAAGCUUCCUGUUCUGUAGCAGCCCUGGAGCCUGCUUUCCUUGGAGGGUUUUACUCCUUUUUCUCUGUAACUAGAGCAUCAUUCGAGUAAGUACUUGUGUUGAGUUAGACCCCAUAAAGUUCUAGUCAUCAGUCCAUCAUUAAUUCAAAAUGAUGUAGAAUACAUAUAAUUGUAAAAGAACCUGAAGGAAGUUUCAUUGAUGAACAUAAAUCAUACUAGAAAACACUUCAUACUAAACUGAGACUACUGAAACUUCCUGAAUACUGCAUCAUAAAGUUAAAAAAGGUGUCAGAUAUAGAGGCUAGAAAACAAGUUUUCUACCUUGCACCAUUUUUAAGAGACCAGUAUUACCUAAACUGUUACCAGAUGCUUCAUCUUUCUAAGUUAAUACACUCACUCUGCUCUUAAUAAAAAUAUUACUCUCUUCUCUUUCUGUAAUGCAAUAGACAUUUAUUUUCAGUAGGUGACUUUGCAAACAGUUAAAACUGCAAGAAAAAUGUGACCUUGAAGAUGCAGCAUAAUUAUGCCCUGAUCAAUACAGGGGUAAAGCUACAUGUAUCGAAUUUAUCUGCAUAGGUGGGUUUAACUCAUCAGGAGUACAAUUACGGCAGAAAUAGAAGUUGGCAUGGUUCCCAGUUAGAACCCUGACAAUUGCUGCAUUGACAGUGAACUUCCCUUUCUCCUUCCCACUGCUCAUUUUGUAAUAAGCAAGUUACAUUACAAUCAAUAUUUUGCCACUUUGUGUAGAUUUAUUUUUUAUUUCGGCUUUUGCGUUAGCAAAGAAAAACAAAGGCUAGGUCAGACACCAAGAAUUUACCAGUCCCACCUUUCUCUUCUGACAAGAACUUAGACUAGUCUGUUCUAGAUAUAUCUGAUGAAUAUGUGUUUUCUUGAGCUCAGCAAUGGAGAUGUCUAGAAGUCCCUCUCCAUGUUCUCCAACCCAAACCCAAGUUUUUCAAAUACCAUCUUUUUGAUAAUUAAAGUUGAUCUCUUAUCCUUUGCUUUGAUAGCCAACAGAAACAAGUGACCAUUGUUCCCUUUUCUAAAAACACAUGAAAACUUGUUACAGUAUUGUCUCAGUCUUUUUUUUCUGGUCUAGAAUGACUUAUUUUUAAAUGUUUUCUUCAUAGAACAACGCUGUUGAGAUGUUUUAAAAUCAUGCAGGGCUGUCCGAUGUGUCUUCAUGCAAGUGUGUCCAAUUUUUUUAUCCCCCCCACCCUAGAUGGAAUCUUAUCAGCACUGAGCAAAGUGUAAGAGUCACCAUUCUAGACACAAAUGCUGUGAACUAAUAGAUCCAAAACAAAACGUAUGCCAUCACUGACAUUUAGUCUUGGGUCCUUGUAAGUCAGCAUUUCUCUGCUAUGUGGCUGCCUAUCUAGGUAUUCUGUAUUUUAGUUUCUUUCUUUCUUUCUAAAGCACAGAAUAGUCUAUUGGUGAUUUUGAAAAAAUAAACCAAAACUCAACAACUGCAAUUUUAACCACAUCCUUCAAAGUACUCAAAACGUCCUGCAGUUUGGUGUCCUCCACAAUAUUAUGAACAUUAUACACAUUAUAUUAUCCAAACUGUUAUUAAAGCUAUUGUGUAAAUACAAGGCUCAAUAGAGAUUUCAUCUGAAAUACCCUCCCAAAAUUAACAGUGAAUGACUAAGUAGGUUUAAACCAGCUUUGAGCAAAUUCCAGUGAAUACAUCUAGACCAUACUAGAACUACCUUUUCAAAUAAAUUUGAUGUUUGUCAAAUAUGAGUCCCACCAACAGAAUAUAAGAUACUCUUUUUUACAUGUAAAUGUAAUUCUCUGUUCCAGAGCCCUUCCUCAGCAUGAACUUGGACUAACUGAUCUUUGCCUCCUUGUGCUGUUCUUUGUUGGUAUUCAGAGCUACAAGAAUUCUAAGAUUUCCUGAUACAUAUUUUUAAAAGAUAACUGUCAAGGGUUAAAAGGUUACUUCAGUUUGGUCUAGCAUGAAAUCUCAUUAACUGGUUUUAAUUAGUUGCCAGAAGUUCAUGUCUAAAUUGCAGAGAAAUAAUGUGUGUUUUUUUAAUUUAUCUUCAUGGAGUAUAAACAUAAAACGUAAUGCACAAAAAGACCAAAAAAAUACAUGCAUCCCAUAGACCAAAACAAAUCAUGAAUGAAAAAAUGAUUUGCCAAUUAAUUAUGAAGGAAAAUAACAACCCUUUUUAUUGGCAACAAUAGGCUUUAAUUCUAUAAAUUAGCAUGGCAAUUUGAUACAGAUACAUUUAGCCAAGUAUUACAAUACUAAACAAUGUUGUAAUCUCUCAUUCAACUUUAAAAUUAUAGGGAAGCUAUAAGAAAAAUAUCACAGCCCUUGCUUAAGACUUUUCACUUAAAAAAAUAAAAGUACUUAGUAAUAGGCUGAGUCAAUGCAAAGACAAGCGCCGUUAAGAGAUUCUUCCAUUUCAUGUACUGCAUUUGAUAAGAAAGUUAUUUUAGACACAUUCAGGCCUAACUUAAAAACACUGACAGAACAAUGAAAGUGUGCAGAUACUCUGGCCAGCAGUAAGUUUUACACAUCAGUGAUGCAAUAUUAAACUAUCUCUCUCUUUAAAAGGCACGUUUCUUUAGAUCAUUGUAAAAUUCAGCUUUUGUGGUUCAUCAAUAUAUGAAAAUGUAAAAGCACUCAGUAAAAUAAUUAUUUUACUGUGCUUGUGUUUUAACAACACAGCUGUACUGGAAGACUCCACCCCACAAAACAUACAGUGAAGCUAUCAAGGCACAGGGCAUAACCUGAAGAUUAAUGACUAACAAGUAGGAGAUGACACUCUAACAACAACCAAUUCAAGUCAGCCAUUAAUUCUAACAAUAUGUCCUGCGCUGAGGUUAUUAUUGCUGCUGCAGGUAAAAUGAAGAGAUUUU